CUCAAAUACUACAAAAGAAACAAAAAACAUUUUAUUGCUAACCUAUACAGAACCGAUUUCAUGUAAACUGCAUAAUCCUACAUUGCAGGGGGUUGGGCUAGAUGACCCUUGGGUACCUUCCAACUCUACAAUUCUAUGAUUCUUUUAACAGUUUGUGCGCGCAUCACGAGGAAUCUCAAUUUUAUCCCCUACUUCACGUUCCCGCAAACGUAACGAUUGCCAUUCCCCCACGUCUUCUCUCAGGCCUCAGUUCACCGUUCUACCGAACGGAGCUCGCCGCUGCUAAAGGAGGAGCGAAGGGCUUCUUCAAAUUUAAUCUCUAUGGUUUCUCGCGCGAGCUUCCAACGUUAAGUACAGUAUGGGGUCUCCGCCACAGAGAUGCGAAAGGUGUAGAGCGGACACCAUCGACAACUUGGGCUCGAGGCGGCUUCCGAAUUCGGAACGGAAGUUCCGAGAAAGUGGAGACGCAAGGGGAAUUUGUUAAAGUCAGAAAGAGAGCUUUGGAGAGGUUGACUACUGAAGUGAUGCAGCUACAUGACAUUUUGCCCAAAAUACUGAAUUAUGAUAUCUUGGAGAAUUUGCAGAAAUUGGAUGCUGUUGAAACAAUUGUGGAAAGGAAAGAUAUAGAAGUGGAACAAUUGAGAAUGGAUUGUGAACACUAUAAAGCCCGUUUAGAAGCAGCCCAAGCAGAUUGUAUGAAAGAAAGAAAGGAAAAAUUAACUGUUCGGCAGCAGUUGAAUGAAGCAAAGCAACAAUUAUUGCAGCAAGCUGAAUACUGUACAGAAAUGGGUUCUGCAGUUUGCACGUUGUUGUGGAGUAUCUCUAGCAAUGAGGAAGCAGUUAAAAGUAUUCUAGGAAGUAGUAAAGCUAUAAAGUUUUUUAGCAUUGCUGGACAGACUAUGGAGAGUUUUGUGCGAUCAUUAAGUGAAGAUAUCAAACAGCAAGACAUGGAUUCUGAUGAAAGUCAGUUUGUGUUAGGUUUGGCAGGGAUUGUUACAAAUGUUGCUGCUUUAGCAUGUGGUCGUGAAUUCCUAGUUAAUUCAAAUCAAGUAUUGUUGGACACAAUGAUGCAACUUCUGGGAGACAUGAAGCAAGGAUGCUGCACAAAACUUAAAGUACUGAUGCUGAUGUCCUUAUACAACGUUAGUAUCAGUGUGAAAGGCUUGAAGUACAUCAGUGAAAGCCCAGGGUUCUUUCCAUUACUCUGGUGGCUCCUGAGCGAUCCAGAUCCAGAAGUUUGUCUUCAUGUUCUACGGCUUCUCCAGUCUGUGAUUUUAGAGCCAGAUGUUUUAACCAAGUCAGCUCCUGAAAUACGUGACUCUUUGCCACUUCCACGUAUCCAUAUGCUGUCAAAGAGCCGCAAUGCAGAUCUACAAAUCCUGGCCCGAGAACUGCUUGAGGACCUUAAAAUAUUAGAGAAUGAAAUAUAAGGUUGCGUUCUAUAACAUUGUUAUCUUCUCCAGCAUUUUUUUCCAGUGUUGUAGUAAUUUGUAAAAUUAUGCAUGCAUUAAAAAAAAAGCUUCUUCUUGUAAUUAGAAAGUAAUUUCAGCCAUAAAUAGGAUACAUCAGAAUUCCCAGGCUAGCCACAUUACAUCAAACCAUCUCACCCAAGCUCACUAGACAUUAUUAUUUCUGCUUUAAGCUGUUUGAAGUCAAAGAUUAAAUGGGUUGAAUAAACUGCAGCUGGUUACAUCCAAGUUACAUUUGUCACUUUCAGAUGAUUGAAACGUGAUGUUGAAUAAAUCUUUUGCUGCUGGAAAUGUUGUCAUUGACAUAAUGUCUUUGCACAUAAUGGGAUGCCAAACUAUGUCUUACUGUGAACAAGCAUGUGUACCUGGAGAUAAAAAUCAAGCAUGUGUACCUGGAGAUAAAAAUCACAACCACUUCAGCCCUCCCCUGAUCCUGCUUGCUGUCACACUUCCUGAGACCUACACCACGGCUUUUCUUGGUGUUACGUGUAAACCUGACUUCAUAGUUUGUCUUGCUCGAAACAGACUGAGCUGUAACCAAAGUUUGUUCUUGAUUUUCUUGCAAGACCCUCUAUUCUUGUUAUUUCUUCUUCCUGUGGUAUGAUGAGUAGGGAAUCAGACAUGUGUUGAUGUGAAAAAGUGCCCUAGAGGAAUCUGUAGUAAUGAUGCAGUGUGCUGAAUUCCUGUUUUAAAUCUAACAAUGCUGACAGUAUGUAAUGCUGCCCGGACCUUUUAAGAGACUGCAAGUUUGACACAGCUAGAGUCUCAGUUUCCUAGGCCACUCAUUAGCAUCAGUCUGAUCUCAGUUAAGAGAAACAGGAAAGGAGGUAUCCUCUUAGUCAGGCAUCCCCAAACUCCGGCCCUCCACAUGUUUUGGACUACAAUUCCCAUCUUCCCCGACCACUGGUCCUGUUAGCUAGGGAUCAUGGGAGUUGUAGGCCAAAACAUCUGGAGGGCCGCAGUUUGGGGAUGCCUGCUCUUAGUAGUCUCUUGAUGGCAGAUCAAAAAGAACAGGCAUUUAAAAGGCAAAAACCAUCCCAUUUAUAUCUGUUUAGGCAAUCUCCUUUUAAAAGUUCUGUUCAUGUUCUUUCACUUAACUUGUGUGUGUAGGGGAAGA